CGGUUUUUUUUUUUUUUUUGGUUUUUUUCCCUCGAUCUUGAAGCAGAAGUGCGGAUGUGAACUAACUGCUGCAAAACAUGUAGCCUGUACUUCACUAAAAAUGAAUUCAGAGGAGCAGGCGGUUACGUGGUUAAUAUCAUUAGGAGUUCUGAGCUCUCCUAAAAAGAGCAUAGCAGACCCAGAGGACUUUCUGAAAACAUCGCUGAAGGAUGGCGUUGUCCUUUGCAGGCUCACCGAGCGCCUCAUACCUGGCUUUACGCCAAAGUAUUGCCAGGAUCCAAGAACUGAAGCUGAGUGUCUGGGCAACAUUCGUGAGUUUUUAAAGGGAUGCUCGUCCUUAAAAGUGGAGGGCUUUGACCCAGAGUGGUUGUACUCUGGUGAAAACUUUAGCAAGGUGUUGACUACAUUAUUAGCAGUCAACUUUGCCACACAAGACAGUGGUGCUGAGCGGUCAUGUCCACAGUCUGGAGUGCCUUCACCUAGUCAGUCCUCGUCUUCACACACCCUUUCCAAAGCUAAAGGCUCUCUCCGCAGACAGUCUAAAUCUGCUGAGAUGGGAGACAGUGGAGGGAACGCUGGACAGCUGAUGGUUAAAGCUCGUUUCAACUUCAAACAAAACAAUGAGGAUGAGUUAUCCUUCAGCAAAGGUGAAGUGAUCCUGGUGACACGGCAGGAAGAGGGAGGCUGGUGGGAGGGCACGCUUAAUGGGAAGACAGGCUGGUUCCCAAGUAACUAUGUCCGAGAGGUCAAAACAUGUGCUGAGAAACCUGUAUCCCCCAAAGGAACUCAACUCACAAAGAAUUACUUCAGCGUGGUGGUACAGGAUAUUCUAGAACAUGAGCGUGAAUUUGUAAAAGACUUACAGGUUGUUUUGGGUUCCUACCUUCGACCACUUCAAGCCAGUGACAAAUUAAGUCCAACUGAUAGUACAACGCUUUGUGGAAAUUUGGAAGAAAUCCUGAGCUUUCAGCAGGGCCUUUGCGCAGCUUUGGAAGACUGCACCAAAGUUCCAGAGUGCCAGCAGCGGGUGGCAGGCUGCUAUGUUGCUUUGAUGAAUCAAAUAAGGGCAUUAUACCUGGCCUACUGCUCUAGUCAUCCUUCAGCAGUCUGCAUUCUCACUGACCAUAGCGAUGAGCUUGACAAGUUUAUGGAAAGUCAAGGUGCAAAUGUUCCAGGGAUCCUAACUCUGACCACCAGCCUCAGCAAACCUUUUAUCAGGCUGGACAAAUAUCCAACACUUCUUCAGGAACUGGAGAGACAUGUGGAGGAGACCCAUCCUGACUACCCUGACAUCAUAAAGGCAACAGCUGCAUUUAAAAACCUUGUUAUGCAAUGCCAAAAUCUGCGUAAACGUAAGAACCUGGAGCUGCAGAUUUUGUCGGAGCCAGUGCGAGGCUGGGAGGGAGACUGUAUUAAGAGCAUGGGUCAGGUGUCCUACAUGUCCCAAGUCUACAUGAAGAAUGGUUCCAGUGAGGAAAAAGAGGAGCGCUACCUAAUGCUUUUCCCAAAUGUGUUAGUAAUGCUGUCUGCCAGCCCACGCAUGAGUGGUUUCAUUUAUCAGGGACGACUGCCUCUAACAGGCACCACUGUGAGCAGACAUGCAGAGGAAACAGACAGUGUGCAGUUUGCUUUUGAUAUUGCAGGAAGCAUGAUUGAGCGUAUUACAGUCUUCUGCAGUAGUGCCUUGGAGUUACAAGAGUGGUUGGAGCACCUUCAACCUUUUACUAAAGGAAUCAGCCCCACAGGCACCAUCAUAAAGACAGUAGAGGGGAAGUCACUGAGUAUAGUGGGCAACCCCACUCACUUAUCUCACCUGGGCAGCAUCAGUGCAGCCUCUCGUGGCCCUUUGGAACCUCCAAAGGUCAAUAAACCCUGGUCCUUGAGCUGUCUGCGGCCUGCUCCACCCCUAAAACCAUCUGCCGCACUUGGAUACAAAGAGAGGAUGUCUUAUAUCAUGAAGGAGUCCAGCAGAAGCCCAAGACCUAUGAAAAAGUUCCUGCCUGGUAAUAGGAAAAAAGAGCGCAAACCAUCAGAUGAUGACAUUCAAACCAGAAAAAGCACCGUUGCUCUUGAGGAAGAUGCCCAGAUACUACGAGUGAUAGAGGCCUACUGCACACAGGCCAGCCUGCACCAAACCACAACUGCCGUACGGAAAGAGUGUGUCCCUCAAGUGCUUCUGCCCGAAGAGGAGAAGAUCAUUGUUGAAGAGAUGAAGAGCAACGGGCAGACAGUGAUUGAGGAAAAGAGCUUGGUUGAUGCCGUUUAUGCUUUAAAGGAUGAGGUGCAUGAGCUUAAAAAGGAGAACAGGUGGAUGAGACAGUUUCUGGAGGAGGAGCAGAAGUCUCGAAAGGAGUUGGAGAGGGUGGUCAGGAAACUGGCCAAGCAGAAGAAUGAUUGUACUUGGGAGGAUGGUACCCACUGACCUUCCACACAAUACAACCUUAGGGUUUAAAGUGCCCGUCAGACUGUUUAUACAGCACUUCUGUGAUUACAACUCCUUCUGGACUAUCUUUCCAAUGCAUGGAGUGACUCAGUGCUAUACUUUGACUUUAUAAUAAAUCUGCUCCGUCCUUUGAGUAUAAUUUGUGAAAGUCAGAAAAACAGGACCUCAAAUAAUCAGGAGCACAACUCCAAAUUCCAAAUUGACACAAAAAUGUAACAUAAAAUAAAAUUGUAUAAAGUUUGCCAAACAUUGAUACAUUUACAUUUUGCAUUUACAGUUAUGUUACAUACUACAAUUAUUUAUUGUUUAAAAUGCAUCAUUCACCUUAUUGCUAUGGUUUGCUGCCUUUAAAUACUGUGGAUUUUGUUUUAUAACCAUGGCAAUAGCAGUAUAGUUCAAAUGCAAGUACUACUAAAAUUUGGACUGUUAUUCUAGGUUAAUUAAGGUUAUAACAAGCAGUGAUGAAAUUUCAGGUUAUGAGUAGAGCUAAGCUAACAAGUGCCUCUCUGAAGUGGUCCACAAUGUAUUCAAUAAGGAUCAGUUUAGGGUUAAAAUGCAUGGUUUGUACUAAACGGUUUAUUGAUCUAUGUCAUGAGUGUUAAGGGACUUGGGUGUUGGGUAAGUAAAUUUUUUGCAGCGGUACAAUGAGUAUGUUUUACUUAAGCCAGCUGAUGUUAUUCCAGCAUGGGUGGUAUUUUUGUAUUUGACUAAAUAGCAAUAAAAAUAAAAUACCAAUCCUCUUUGUUAACCAAAAUAGGACAGACUUGUUGGGCAGUGGCCACUAGUCCUGUGAUGAUGUUUGUGUCCAAAAUAAGGUCCUAGAUUUCAAACAGGUUUGUUACAGCUGUAUCUUAUUGUUAAGCCAUUUGUCAGGCACAUAUUUUAACAUGUAAAACGUGUAGCGUUUGUCAGGGUUAUGUGACUUAGUUUUUUCAAGCUGUCUCGACUGUACAAUCCAUUUCAUUGACCUCUGUACACACCAACAUCUUGCUUUUGUUACUAUAUCUUUCCCAUUGAGUGUUUUUGAAAAUGUAUUCUAUGCAAUAUUGGAGAAGCUUUUUUUCUAGACACUGUUUUUCGCGGUACACUCUACCAUAUGCAUUUAUUUUAUUAAAAUCUAAUAUAAUGAGAUGCAUCUCAAUUGUAUGUGACUUUUCUCUUGUAUUAAACAACCAUAAAAAUAAUAUUUAAAUCUG